GUUUUCAAAACUGCAUGCAAAUUAACUGUGGCUACUCUGAAAUCUGUCUACUUGCUAGACCACAAUCUUGAUAAAACCGAACACAUACACCAAAUGCUCUCCGCAGAACAGAUCCAUCCAGCCCUUGCACAAGUCCCACCCAAAUUGUGGGCACAAGGCAAAUAUGAUGUAGGUCUCAUAAAAAAUUGUGAACCUGUAAUAGUCACUCCUAAGUCUGACUACAGACCAAAACGAGUUCAGUACCCUCUGCGUCCGGAAGCCGUCGACGGCAUUAAACCUGUUUUUAAAUCCUUAUUGGAAGCUGGUGUUAUUAUCCCAUGCAAUGACUCACCUGUCUGCACUCCUAUUUUUCCAGUUCAAAAAGCUAGAGAACCACCAUCUCUACCCGAGUGGCGAUUUGUUCAAGACUUAAAAGCAGUUAAUGCAGCUGUUCAUGCCAGAACACCAAGUGUUCCUAACCCCUACACUUUGCUUUCACAAGUUCCAUCCUCUGCUAAGUGGUUUUCAGUUGUUGAUCUAUCAAAUGCAUUUUUCAGUGUUCCUGUUCACAAGGAUUCUCAGUACUGGUUUGCAUUCCAGUUCAACGGGAAAGGUUAUACUUUCACCCGUUUAUGUCAGGGUUUCACUGAAUCACCAACAAUUUACAAUCAGGCUUUAUGCGAAUCAUUGUCGCCUCUAGCGCUCUCUGAUGGCACUGCCUUACUACAAUAUGUAGACGAUCUUCUGAUCUGCGCUCCAACUGAAAAACAAUGCAUAACUGACACUAUCAAACUGCUCAAACAUCUGGCAGAAGAAGGACACAAAGCCAGCUUAAACAAGCUACAAUUUGUCAGACAAGCUGUGACCUUCCUGGGUCACAUAAUUUCUGGUGAAGGCAAAACUAUGUCUCCAAAACAUAUUGAAGCUAUCCAAAAGAUUCCAAAACCAAUUACCCAAAAACAAAUGCUAUCUUUCCUGGGGAUGUGUUCCUACUGUCGCGCUUUUGUCCCUAAUUUUUCUGAGGUUGAAAGACCCCUCAGGACCUUGUGUCACCAAUCAGGCAUGACCUCUCGCUCACAACUUGAGUGGACACCGGAAGCAGACACUGCAUUCCUGAACUUGAAACUUCAACUUCAGUCUCCUCCCACACUUGGACUUCCUGACCCAACCAAACCAUUCACUCAGACUGUGGAUGAACGUUCGGGUUGCAUGACUUCUGUCCUCCUACAACCUCAUGGUGAUAGGCUCCGUCCUGUGGCAUAUUUCUCGGGUAAACUCGAUCCUGUUGCAGCAGGCAUGCCAAAAUGUCUCAGAGCUGUAGCAGCUGCUGAAAAAGCCCUUUUGGCCUCAAGAGAUAUAGUUGGCUACGCUCCUUUGACUAUUCUUGUGCCACAUGCGGUCUCUUUGAUCCUUUCUGAGCAGAAAACAUCACACCUUUCGGCUGCUAGACACCUUAGGUAUCACACGUGUCUUCUUGACAUGCCUAAUGUCACUCUUAAGAGGUGUACUGUUCUUAACCCUGCUACUCUGCUCCCUCUUCCACAGGAUGGUGAGCCUCAUGAUUGCAUGGCUGAACUUUCAGCAUCUUGUUCUCCAAGACCUGAUCUGACAGAAACGCCCUUGACAAAUCCUGACCUUGUCCUCUAUGUAGAUGGCUCUGCUUCAAGAGACCCAGUUACAGGUCUCUGCCGUGUUGGUUUUGCUGUUUGUUCUGACUAUGACGUGAUGAUGUCAUCAUCUCUUCCACCUCACUUCUCAGCUCAAGCUGCAGAACUUGUGGCCUUAACGACUGCCUGCCAAUUAGCUAAGGGUAGAUCUGUAAAUAUCUACACUGAUUCCAGAUAUGCUUUUGGUGUUGUUCAUGACUUUGGUGCACUUUGGAAACAUAGAGGUUUUCUGAAAUCUGAUGGCAAGCCUGUUUUGCAUCACACACUCAUUGCAGAUCUCUUAGAUGCCAUCCUUCUUCCUUCUGCCAUUUCUGUGUGUAAAUGUGCUGCUCACACUAAUGCCUCUGACCCGAUUUCUACAGGUAACGCUCGAGCGGAUGCAGCUGCGAAGGCAGCUUCUCUUCUCCCUUUGUCUACCUCUUCUGUAUCACAUACUUUGGUUUCAGUUUCUUCUGACGUACCAUCUUCCCUCAGUGCUGUUCAAUCUUUUGCAUCUCCAAAAGAUAAGCAACUUUGGAGAAACGCAGGUGCUUCAUGUCAUGAUGGCAUCUGGAUAGGCCCCGACAACAACCCGUGUUUGCCUUCCCAUUUCUUCCCUCACUAUGCUAAAUUGACGCAUGGGUCUGACCAUGCAUCAAAAGGAGGGAUGCAGCAAAUGAUUAACACAUUUUGGUUCACAAAAGGGUUUUCUGCCUAUGCUCAAAAACACUGCCAAGCCUGUGUUAUCUGUGCUACUCACAAUGUAGGCAGGGCAAUCCAACCUUCCCAACAAGCUGCUCAUCCUCAACCAACUCGACCUUUUGAGCAUGUCAUGAUGGAUUUUGUAGAACUAACUCCAUCAGAAGGAAAGUCUCAUUGUUUAGUGAUGGUAGACAUGUGGAGCAAAUGGGUUGAAGUGUUCCCAGCCUCAAAACAAUCUGCCUCAGUAGUAGCUAAAGCCCUUCUUACUGAAAUCAUUCCCAGAUGGGGAAUUCCAGCUAAAAUCUCCAGUGAUAAUGGCAGCCAUUUUGUUAAUUCAGCUAUCACUGAACUGAGCCUAUACUUAGGUAUUAACCUGAGAACACACUGUGCCUACCACCCAGCUAGUGGAGGUGCAGUAGAGAGGGAGAAUGGAACACUAAAGAACAAGCUGGCCAAGUGUUGUGAAGACACAGGUCUUCCAUGGACAAAAGCACUUCCUCUAGUGCUUAUGUAUAUGAGAAUGCGAAAACGAAACAGAACUAACUUGAGCCCCUUUGAGAUUCUUUUUGCAACUCCUCCUUCUGUAGGUGUGGAAGCUCCCCGAUCUCCACCCCCAUCAACAGCUCUUUGUGAUCACAACACACUAACCUACUGUACCAAUCUAUCCAAACAGCUCUCUGAUGUAAAGAAACAGGUGAUCGCAGCCCUCCCUGUUCCAGCCAGUGGUCCCCUGCACCAGCUCGAACCAGGUGACUUUGUGGUCAUAAAAGACUUCAGGAGGAAGUCGUGGAGGAACAGGAGGUGGCAAGGUCCGUUCCAGAUCCUGCUGACAACCCACACUGCUGUGAAGGUCGCUGAGCGGGCUACCUGGAUCCACGCCAGCCACUGCAGAAAGGUUCCAGCACCCCCUGCUGGUGCUCCUGGAAAACUACAAACUCCAGAGGCUGCUAAGUAAGACUUUGCGUUCGUAACAGGCACGCAGGCGACCAAGGGUCCGAAGAAAGAAGACAACAAGUGGCGUGCAGACGUAGUUUCUGUGUCACCUUCGUGGGCGCAAGAAGACCUACACCACACCACACCCUACACGUGUUACACCAUUUCACUGUCUUUAUUUUUCACACAGUGAC